AUGUUGAAGUACGCCUUGGAGCAUCGCAAAGCAGUCGAUGUUGUAACGCAAUGCCGGGACCUGGGACUCCACAAGUUCGAGCUGACAGAUGAGGAGUGGGAAAUUGCCGGCCAGCUGAGAGAUGUGCUAAAGAUUCUGAAGGAUGCCACACUUUUCUUCUCGCGCUCUACACCGAGUCUCGCCACUGUAAUCACGGCGAUGGACCUCAUUGACGACAAACUAACAAGCUACUCGCAGGACCACAAAUAUCUGCCGGCAAUUUGUGCUGCUGUCUGCCUAGCUAAGAAGACUCUUAACAGGUACUAUGAACUAACCGAUACAUCUGAAGUCUACUGCAUCGCUAUGGUCCUACAUCCUCGUCACAAGCUAUCUUACUUCAAGAAUGCAGGUUGGGAGGAUGAGUGGGUGGACACAGCAGAGGCCCUUGUAUGUGACGAAUUCGAGCAAUCCUAUGAGCACACAAUCAUCAACAAUGACUCGAUGGACAAUGAGGAUAAUGGACUUGGAGUUCCCGAGAAGCUGACGAAGGGAGAUUCAUCCAUGGUAUGUUUUUUAUCAAUUUCUUUGCCGGUACUGAUGCUAUCAUAG